GUCUGGCAUCAGCUAGAAACCUGCAACACCGAGCUUUGAACACGACCAACGAAUUCCACAGAUUCUCUCCUUUUGAUCAGUUGUCAGACAGAAGAGCAGAGGGCGACGGCAACCUGAGUCGACGUCAGGGAACAAAUCCAGCAGCAAAGUUCGGCCAGACCCCGCCUAAAUCCUUCUUUCUUCAGUCAUCAAGAAGCCAUCGACCGACGACAUCUUGGCUGUACGACGAAGCACCACCCACUCGACUCCUGCAUCGAACACACCAAUCACUCUGAACAGCAACGCCUCUCCCAUUUUGAUAACUCCCUCUCUCCUUCGUUCGGCUCCGAUGGAUUCGAUGCGCAGCCUCAACACAUCACUGCCUCGCACGUCGCCUCGUCGCAGUCAACAACCCCCGGAAGAACUUUUAUCUGCCUUCAAGGCCGCCGCUCUCUCCGUCACAAACCUGUACAAGAAUGCUGCAUCUGAGCAGGCAAGAUCAAGAGCUGCGGGUUAUCAAGAUGCCUUGGACGAUUUGCUAUCUUUCCUCGACAAGGAAAAUCUUGGCGUGGGUGACGGCGAGGGGUGGAGAGUGAGACGAUGGGCUACUGAACGCUUCGAUGGAGGCGUUUCUGGCGGUCGUGAAAGUGACGACGAAGAGGAAGAGCAAGAAGAUCAAGUUCGCAGCUCCAGCCCGGAAGUCGCGAGGAAAGCGACGGCGCCAGCCCCUGCUCAGCAAGAUCAAGCACAAGCACACUCUGAGCCCAUCAUGCUCAACACAGAAGUUCCUUCCAUCCACCAGCAACCACAGGUCCUACGCUCAGACGGUCCCGUCCCUCAGGCAGACUCUUUUACAUUUCGCUCAUCACAUGCCUAUCCACCCCCACACCACGAACGAGAGGUAGACAUGGACAGCAGCAACACCAGCGGCCCCGUCGACUCUCCCAACUCAUCAAACUCCAACAACCCAGUCCGACUCGAAGUUCAUUCACGACGACGAAACAACCACAACCGUUCAAACAACUCCAACAGAGUCGCUUCCCUAAACCUCAGUUCCCUGGGCUCAGGAGCCGGCUCCAAGCGGAAAAACCUAGGCGACUUUUUCGACAUCUCUGGUCUUUCGUUCAACACUAAUGGAAGAGAUGGCUCUGAUCGUGGUGGGAAGAGGGGGAGACAUGUUUGAGUGAUUGGUACUUUUGCAUUUUUUCUUCUGCUGCGUCUUCUGUUCUUCGUGAAACAAACUGCACAACUGCAACUGCACAAUAUACCCACCCAAAUACCCCCAAGACAGUUAUUCGUUUCGCGUUGCUUUUUUCUUACACUCGCUCAUUCUUUCCUUUGUUCUCAUGAU